CUGAUUCAUUUCAUGGUUGAUUGUCAGAUUACUUAUGGUUUUUCUGCGUAACGUAGUAAAGUAAAGUAACCUCAAACGCGAUUUUAGUGAAAUUAAUGAAAAAGACGAAUACUUCAUCAGUUCACAAUUGAAUCUGGUUUGAAAGUUAUCUGCUUCUGUUUUGUUGAUAUCAGUCAAGUUUUUUUUCAAACUAGCUGACCUUCACAACUAAACAGCGACUUAUUUCGCUUCAAAGUGUUUUGAAUUAUCGCUGCGUUACCACGCUUUAUCGUGUACUAGUCGUCGAAACGUUCGGUUCGAUUAUUUCGGUAAUUUGUCACCGAAAAAACACUAUUCACUAGUGCGGUUCGAAAUCAAUGUAGAUUUCGUUAAUUUUACCCUGUUAAUUGUUCGUUGUGUUCAGCUGUAUUAUGGAAAUCGAAAUCCUCUCAACUUCGGGUUCCAAAACUAUCGGAAAAUUACAAUUGGAAGAAUCAUCCACCAUAAACGAUGUGAAAAAAGGAGUAUACCGAUUAAAGAAAUUACUCUACCCUGAUCGACAAUCAGUUCGAUUGGAAGCGAGAGGAAAAACAUUGAAAGAUUCAGAUACCUUGAAAAGUCUAGGAUUAAAAAAUGGUUCAAAACUAUACAUCAAAGAUCUCGGACCUCAAAUCGGCUGGUCAACGGUAUUCUUAUGCGAAUACGCCGGACCUUUAUUCACCUAUUUAUUAUUCUACAUUAGACCGUCGUUGAUUUACGGAUCAGGAGCUGAUGCCAAACCUUACGCAGAUGUAGUUCACAUAGCUGCGAUUUGCUGGUCGAUACAUUAUGCCAAGAGAUUAUACGAAACAGUAUUCGUACAUAGGUUUUCGCAUUCCACUAUGCCUAUUAUGAAUUUAUUCAAAAAUUGUUCCUAUUAUUGGGGAUUCGCCGCCUAUGUAUCGUAUCACGUUAACCAUCCUUUGUACACGGCCCCUUGCUCUUGCAUUAGCUACAUCGGAUUGGGUAUUUUCACGCUCUGCGAACUUGGCAAUUUGAGUAUUCACUUGGCUUUGAGAGAUUUACGUCCUCCUGGCACCAAAGAAAGACGUAUACCGGUCGUUACCUCCAAUCCGUUCACAGCUUUGUUCGAUUACGUCUCUUGUCCAAAUUACUUCUACGAAGUCGGUAGCUGGCUCGGUUUUACAGUGAUGACUGCUACUUUACCAGCUGCUCUGUUCACUUUGGCCGGUAUGUAUCAAAUGUCAGUCUGGGCUUUGGGCAAACACCGCAAUUACAAAAAGGAAUUCUCCAACUACCCGAAACAAAGAAAGGCCAUCGUUCCUUUCGUCUUGUAAUUAGUCGUAAUGUAAGUUGCAUUUUUUGCCUUCGUAUUCAGAGGUGUUUUUUUUUUGGCGAGUGUGCGAGUGUGUUUCAGUAUACCUAUAAUUAAUUUAAUAAUUUCUUUUUUCUUUUACCUUUUGUUUUUCAAUCUCAUAUUCGAGCAAAAAAGAGUGUUUUUCAAUGAAACGAGUGGCUUUAUUUAGAUUUUUUUUUUGUAAAUUUCUAAUUGUAAUGUUUUUGUAAAAAUGGUGUGAUGACUAAAAAAAAAAAAAAAUAUACACGGAGUGUUUUACGUUU